AUGAGUAAAUUACUAGAUCAAGUACUUCAGGCGAAUAUCUAUUUACAGCCUGUACAAUUUUCUCUUGCUAUCAUUGCAAAUAUAAUUAAUAUACGUGUACUAUGUUCUCGUGUUCUUCGUAAAUCACCAUGUACACACUGUUUUCUUGCUUAUGCUAUCGUAAGUAUUAUUUAUACUUGUUCAAUAUGCUCAACUCAGUUUUUACAUGGUUUUUAUAUCGAUUGGGCAAAUGGAAAAAUUGGUUGUAAAAUACAUUUUUAUAUUUUAUUUUUACUCCCAUUUCAAGCAAAUUUAAUGCUUAUUUUAGCUUCAUUUAAUCGUUAUUGUUCGAGUUCAAGAUCACGUCGCAUACAUUCACGAAGUACAAUACAAAAAACAAGAAUAAAUAUUAUCUCUGGUACUAUAUUAUCUGCAAUCUAUAUGUCACCAAUGUUAGUUAUAUAUAAGUGGAAUGAAAUUCAUAAUAAAUGUUUACUACAAACAAAUAUGUUAGUUAAUAUCUAUAUAUUUAGUCAAGUAUUUCUUUAUUAUAUAUUACUUCCACUUUUAAUGAUGAUAUUUGGUUUUAUGACGAUAUCUAAUAUUCGUCAACACAUGAAUCGUGCAAGACUUGUAACAGCAUCUAUACGACGCCGUCGUACUGAAGGACAAUUAACUCGAAUGUUAUGUUUGCAAGUUAGCGUUCAUCUAAUCCUUGCUCUACCAUUCGGUGAAGUAUGUGUAUAUGAUUGGAUUGUUUUAAUACAACAAGAAAACGAUCGAAGAGCAUUAAAUGGUUAUACAAAUGAAAAUAAUAAACAAGUUUUUCUUACUUUAAUUGAUUAUAAUCAUAAACGUGAAGAAAAUUUAUUUCAAAAUCAACUUCAUAUAUGUUCUAUUUGUACAGAUAGUGUUCAAGGUUUCGAUUGUAUUCGUCUUUAUCGUUGUGGGCAUUUUUAUUGUCGUUCUUGUUUAAAUAAUUAUAUUCGAAUGACUUUAGAUUCUGGAAAAUUUGGCGAUAAACUUCAUUGUCCACAAGAUCAAUGUGAAUAUGCAUUACUUCCAACAGAAGUCAAACAAACUCUUCAAGAUAAAGAAUUAUAUGAAAAAUAUGAACGAUUAACAUUACAACAUGCUCUUGACUUAAUGACCGAUAUUGUCUAUUGUCCUAGAUGUUAUUUACCUAUUCUCAGUAAUUUUAAUGAUGAUAAUUUAACAAUGUGUGAUCGAUGUCAUUAUACAUUUUGUAAAAAAUGUAAGGACGCAUAUCAUUCUCAAACACCAUGUCUAAAAGAUUAUCGUAUUGAACAAAUCAAAUUACAGCAAAAGAAAGAAAAACAAACCGUAUUAAUGCAGCUUACUAAAACAAAUGAUAAAGAAAAAUCUAUAACUACACAAAAUUAUCGUCAAAUAAUUAUGAAAUAUUCUGAACAAAAUCGUUUACUAGAAGAAAUAAUGUCUGCACAACGUAUUGAUUUACUUGACGCUCAAUUAUGUCCUAAUUGUCAUAUACCAAUCGAAAAAAAUGGUGGUUGUUCACAUAUGUUUUGUGUAGGAUGUAAAUAUCAUUUUAUCUGGAGAAGAAUCGAUACAUCAACAGCAUCAACUGCAAAUCCUUUUUUAGCUAAAGAUGGUCAAAAUUUUAAUGAAUUAGAAACAAUUAAACAAAAUUUAAAUGAAGUAUCUAGUUUAGCACAAGCAAAAUCGGAAGAAAUAAAUAUUAAUAUUGAAGAUGAUUUCAUGAUUGCAGUUAAUAAUCAAUCGGCUAUUGGUUCUGUUAUAUUGAAUCGAGUGAGAGAAUGUCCUAGUAAAAUAUGUCAAAAGAUCAAUGUUAAAAUAACAGAAGAUAAUUGGAUGGUGUGCAGUGCAUGUAUGAAACAAUAUUGUUUUUUAUGUGGUUCUGGGAUACAUGGACCAAAACAUUUUAACAAAAAAUGUUUAAGAUAUACAUCAAUUUCAACAUUAUAA